UCUAAUCACAGCUUUGAUUUCAUCUGUGACACAGUUUUGGAUACAUCCCUCAAAGCCGGAAGAACAAAACUACCAGCUUUUCAUUCUCAGUUCUCGUCAUUGUCUUGUCCGCAUUCUGGAAAAUUCCUGCCCCUCCUAAAUUCCAAAUUUCAAUUCCGAGAAAUCCGAGAGCAGGACGAUGUCAAAGGCUGACCGUAGACUUUCUCUCUACAGAAAUGGCAGAAGGGUCAUGACAGACGCCACCACGACCUCAGCUGUAACAACUGACCCGGAAAUUGUUUCUAAUCAAAGGAAGGCGGAACCCCUGGAAGACUUUGAGUUGUAUUUGAGCAGUGACGACGAUAGGGACGCGGACAGAGUCGAGGAGGAAAAAAUGAUCAAGGUCGACUCGCUUAUGGAAAUUAAACGCUGGGUGAAAGUGCAGAAAAAAUACUUCACACCAAACACAACGGCACCGAUUUCUGAAGUGGGAUUACGACCUUCGUGUCGCGUUGUCCGCUACUUGGACAAACUUGUCGUCGCGGUGGACGACGUUAUCGAUGUUCUGGACGAGAGGAGACGAAGGGGAUUUCCGAAGUACGAGCAGAGAAGAGCCAAACGUCGUAAACUACGGAAAGCAACAGCAGUAAAAGUGCCAAAACUAAUUGGUGGCGUUCACGCCAAGGAAAAGUCGAGAAAUUCGGAACAUAACGCCCCAUCAAUCCCAUCUCCGACAGUGCCUGCGUCCCAAGGGUCACUCUCAGACCAAUCUCCAACCCAGUCAAAAUCUAGCUUGAAUCGGAGACCCGUCUUUAAAUCCGACGAUCGACGCACUACACGCAGUUCCACUUCCUCUGGCAGCAAGGGUUCGAAGAUCCACCGCUGCCACACUUGUCGAAAAACUUUCGUCUCCAAAUUAAAGCUGACCGAGCACUGUUUCAUUCAUCUCAAUGAGGAGGAGAAGGCCGUGGCGAAGGAGGGCUGGCGACACGGCUGCUACUUUUGCUACAAACGAUUCAAAAGGCCAUCUGACCUCGCUUAUCAUCUGGUGAUCCACGUGAAGGAAAAGGGUUAUCGCUGCGACCAGUGUGGGAAGGAAUUCACUGAGAAUUCUAAAUUAACAAUGCAUAAGCGCCAGCACAGCGCCAACCCGCAACCUUUCACCUGCGAGGAAUGUGGCAAAGCUUUCCCUCAAACAGAAAAUUUGUUCACUCACAAGAAAGUGGUUCACCGAAAAUUGAAGGACAUCGACUGUCCCAAGUGCCCCAUGAAGUUCAUCCUGAAGAGUAACAUGGUGGACCAUCUGAACGCCAUUCAUUUGAAAAUUAGGCCCCGCUGCCCCCACUGCGCUCAGUCAUUCGCAUGGAAAACAAGCCUUUGGAAGCAUAUGAAGAAGUUUCAUCCUUGGAAUCCCGUCCUUUUGCCAAAUGAUAACCCCACAAUAAUUUAGUUUUCAACUGUUUUAUGCUCUAAUUUAUUUACGUUACCAUCUAAUCAAUUACAUUUCUCACUGAUAAUUGGCUGAAAAUUGAUACAAAUUGUAAAAUCUAGUAAUAAAAUACUUAAUAUGUACAAAAUAUAAAAUAUAUUUAU